AUGAAGGAGCUCAUCUACUGUGCUAGUAAUGCAACAGACAUUCAUGAAAUACAAUGGAAAGAUAUUGUUAAAUUCUACACAGGUUGUGGACUAUUUGGAGGUGCCAUUACAGGUGGAGUGAAGGAUUUAAUCGAAGUACUUAGAGACAUUGAAGAUGGUGAUACCCUUAAACUUAGGGCUAAUAGGGUUUUGAAUACAUCACAUCUCACAAGAGAGAUGUAUGCGUGCAAGUUUAUUGCUAAAGGGAUGAUUUGUACUAGCUUAAAAAUUGACAUCACAGAAUUUAAGCACACAGAUCAUAUUUCCAAUGGUAGUUUUGCUGGUUUUUGGACGAGGAUUCUUUAUAAUGUCAAAUCCAGGCCUGAGGCAACAGCAUCCGCUAGGGUAAUUGGGGGGCUGGCGGGUGGUUUGGGGAAGAAAUAUAUUGCCAGUUGA